AUGUCUCCCCCUAGUGGUGAAUCGUCUGGCAGCGUGGAAAUUGCGAUGGCUGAAGCAUGCUCAACAAGCGUGAGGCAGGAGAUAUUGAAUGCAGAAGAGGUGUUAGAUCGACUAGAUGAGUCUGACAUUGACCUUUCUGGAUCCGAAGAUGAUAUGGAAGAAGAAUUCGAUUCAAAUUCCUACAGUAUCAAUAACAGACUGGUAGUUUCGACCAGCAAUGAAGACGUGGAAGAAAGUGAGGAGCCAGCUGAUGCUGUAAACAGUAGUAAGCAACAGGAGAAAAAGUUCAAAAUAAAGUGGCAUUCGCCAGAUAGAAAUCCAUUUCAGCCUGGAUUUCUGACCUGGCAAGAAAGGCCAAUUGCUGCUGAUCCUCUAGAUACACCUGCAAACUAUUUUUUCAACUACUUCCAACCAGAACUAUUUCAACUUUUUGCGGAUCAAACAAAUAUUUAUCACUUGCAAGCAAAGGGCAGAAUUCUUGGUACCAAUUCAGUCGAAAUAUGUUGCUUUUUUGGGGCGUCGAUUGUGAUGGCUAACUUGGGUUUCCCACGACUUCGGAUGUAUUGGCAAAAAGUAAAUCGUGUUGACAAGAUUGCUGAAUCCAUGCCCGUUAAUAGAUACUUCCUGCUUCGUAAUAGCUUACACGUGAAUGCGGCUAGACAACCUCCUACUGGAGAAAAUUGUAAGUUUUGGAAGGUGAAGCCAGUUAUUAAUGCAGUUCGAAAUCGUUGCAUCCAGUUGCCUCGUGAGGAAUUCAAUGCGGUUGAUGAGCAAAUGAUUCCUUUCACUGGUAGAGUACCUGCUAAACAAUUCGUCAAAGGUAAACCCAAUCCUGUUGGUAUCAAGAAUUUUGUUAUUUGUGGUAAAUCUGGGCGAGCAGUCGAUUUUGAAAUUUAUCAAGGUGCCGGCACAGGAAUUCCGGAUGAAACUAAGCAUCUUGGUCUUGGUGCAUCUGUGGUUCUACGCUUGGUGGAGACCAUACCAAAACAAAAGAACUACAAAAUUUGUUUUGACAAUUAUUUCACCGGAAUUCCACUGAUAAGAGAAUUAAAAUCAAGAGGCAUUCAUUCACUUGGAGUUGUUAAAAGCAAUCGACUGAUAGGGUGUGAACUAAAAUCUGAAAAAGACCUCAAGAAGAAAGGAAGAGGUGCAAUCAAUUACAAGGUAUCAGACAAAGGUGAUAUUUGUGUAGUCCGUUGGAUGGAUAAUGGCGCUGUAACACUUGCUUCAAGCUUCGCUGGCGUUGACGAAAAGGAUCAGGUGCGACGGUGGAGAGCCAGCACAAAAGAACACAUCAUGGUAGAAAGGCCAAAAUGUGUUCAGGUGUACAACGAUAAUAUGGGAGGAGUCGAUAAACUAGAUUUCCUCAUUUCGCUGUACAGGACCAAAGCUAAAACAAAGAAGUGGCCAGUUAGAGUAAUUUUCCACUUCAUGGAUUUUGCGCUAGCGAACUCGUGGCUAGAAUAUCGUGAUAUUGAACGAGCAAAUGGAACUCCAAGGUCACGCAUCAUGGACUUACUGGAAUACAGAAGCGAGGUUGCAUUUGCUUUGCUCAAAGCUAACGUGUUUACCACGGCAUUGGUGAAGAGUCCCACUGUCGGAAGACCGCGUUCUACUUCACAACAAGUUCAAACAGAAAGACAAGUGCCACAUUUGGCUAAGAGGCGCAAAUCAUCAGAACGACCUGUUGGAGAUGUUAGAUAUGAUGGUUUUAUGCAUUUUCCAUCUUGCAUCAAUGGAUUAGGCCAGAGAUGCAAAUACGAGGGUUGCAAUGGAAGAAGUAGAGUUAAAUGCAACAAGUGCAACGUCUUCUUGUGCCUCACAAAAGAGAAGAAUUGCUUUUUGAGUUUUCAUAGCAAGUGA